AUGACGGUGCCUUUGAACCACUCCAUGAUGUCGACUCGUCUGCGCCACUCGAUGGAGAUGAAGGGUCGUUCUCUGGCGGGUUCUCGCCUCGCCCACGCUGCAGACACGGGGAUGAACGAGUGGGAGGCGACAUGCUCGAACCCCUCGACAAAGGUGACGAGACUUCACUGCUGACUUCCUGCGUACCUCCUCCACGUGCACGCGAGGUAGGGACCACGUCUACGACCAAGCUGGAGCUGCUGCCGGAGUCGCUCUCCUCUCCGGUCGCACUGCUGUCCAUGCAACCACUCAGGGACGCCCCCUCCUCCUUCUCCUCCUGCCCACUCACAGACGGCCGGGCUCUUUCCGCCUGGGCUCCUGCCGCCUCGCGCUGAGUCGCGAUCCUCUCUCCUCUUCCAGAGGCCUUCCUACCUCGAUCAAAGAUGAUCCAGUUCAAAAUAUAACGCGAGCUGCUCUUCCGCUGCACGCGGGCACCAAGAACCUUCUCGCGCGCCCGAAUCCCGACCUAACAACUGCACAUACGUUGCUGUGAAAGAAACCCCAGUCUCCGCUGCUCAGCCUCCUGCGCACGGAGCGCUUGAUUGCGUGCGCUCGUACGUGCCGCUUCGUUCCGUCCUCGACGGAAAAAGUUGCCGGCGUAUUUCUUCCGGCCAACAAAAACUGAAAAUCUUCAACAAAUAACCCGGUGGAUUUUUCCGUCGGGACCCGGCCCAGACGGAAAAAAAUCGCCCAACCGGAAAAAAUCGGCCCAAACGGACAAAAAUUGGCGGACGGGGAAACCCGGGAAUACCCCCUCUUUGUUUAAAUGUCCGCAAAAUACGGAACACGCGGCGGCGUGAUUUGGCGUGAUGUUGGCACGCGCGUUGACGUCCUGAAGCAACUGGCGCGCCUACAGCGUAGUAAGAUUCGGCAUGAGAGGCAUAGCCAAAUCAUGCAGAUGAUUACGGCGGCUCUGCUGUGUGCGGUGGCUGGAGAAGAGGAGCUUUUCCUCGUCCUGGCGGUAGUGGCAAUGCGGCAACUCCAAUGCGUUCCCAACUCAAACCACGCUCCCAACUCGAACCACGCCGCCGGGUGAACUGUGCUAACAACCCUGACUUCCAAGCACUUGACCGCUGCUGUGACUGAUGACUCGCUACCUCCCUCAAGGGGCGGGGAUGCACACGAGGUCCGCCGUAGGAGAGGCGGCUACCGCG